UGGCUGUCACUGAAUUUUGGUGAUAACAAACACAACACAAUCGACCGCUAGCUCGGGCGUAUGAAAAGGACCGGUUUUCGUCUAAAUAUAAAGAGUAAUCGUGCAGCAGUUAAGAGUGCCAGGUUACCGCGUGCUCCAAAUAUUGCGUUCUUAUUGUUAUUACGAUUGGCAACAUGGCAAAUCCCAAACAGGAGAUCAAAUAUACCAAGCUUUUCAUCAACAAUCAGUUCGUUGACGCCAUGAGUGGCAAGACUUUCCCAACCGUCAAUCCGGCAACCGGUGAGAAGAUCAUUGAUGUAGCUGAGGGAGAUAAAGCGGACGUCGAAGUGGCUGUGCUGGCAGCAAAGGCUGCUUUUGUUCGAAGCUCUCCGUGGCGUCAGAUGGAUGCUUCCGCUCGUGGAAAAUUGCUAAAUAAGCUGGCCGAUUUAAUUGAACGAGACAUCAACACUCUCGCGAAUCUGGAGUCGUUGGACAACGGAAAAUCAUUUGCUGAUUCAGUAUUUGAUAUGAACUGUGCUGUAGACGUUUUUCGCUACUACGCUGGUUGGGCUGAUAAAGUUCAUGGAAGUACUGUUCCAUCCGAUGGACCUGUACUGACAUACAUUAGAAAGGAACCAGUUGGUGUUGUGGGGCAAAUAAUACCUUGGAACUAUCCAGUGUUGAUGGUGUCUUGGAAAUGGGCUCCAGCAUUGGCAGUUGGGUGCACCUUGGUACUAAAACCAGCAGAACAGACUCCACUAAGUGCUCUAUAUUUGGCCGCCUUAACUAAGGAAGCUGGCUUCCCUGACGGUGUGAUCAAUGUAGUAAAUGGUUAUGGACCAACAGUUGGAGCUGCUAUUGUGAAUAAUCCACAGAUAAGGAAGGUUGCAUUCACUGGAUCAGUAGAAACAGGUCGUAUUAUAAGCGAGGGCUCAUCGAAAACUAAUUUGAAACGUGUAUCACUUGAACUGGGUGGUAAAAGUCCCCUCGUUGUUUUUAACGAUGUGGAUUUGGAUGAAGCUGUUGAAAUUGCUCAUAAUGCUAUUUUUGCUAAUCAUGGACAGAACUGUUGUGCCGGAAGUCGCACGUUUGUACAUGAGGAGAUAUACGAUGGUUUUGUAGCGAAAGCAGCGGAAAUGGCGAAAGCACGAAAAGUUGGCAAUCCAUUUGCCGAGGGGACUCAACAGGGAGCUCAGGUCGAUGAAGAACAGUUCAAAAAGAUUUUAAGCUAUAUUGAGUCUGCCAAAAAAGAAGGCGCAAAAUUGCAAGCAGGAGGAAAGCGGUUUGGAGAUGUUGGUUAUUUUGUAGAGCCAACAGUAUUUUCCGAUGUUACAGAUUGCAUGACAAUCGCACGUGAAGAGAUUUUCGGGCCAGUACAAAGUAUUCUGAAAUUCAAAACAUUGGAUGAGGUGAUCGAGAGAGCGAACAAUACCGAAUAUGGUUUAGCAGCUGGCAUUUUGACCAAUAAUAUUAACAAUGCUUUAGUUUUCUCCAAUGCAGUAGAAGCCGGUUCAGUAUGGGUAAACUGUUAUGACUAUGUAAUGCCAACUACUCCCUUCGGUGGAUUCAAACAAUCAGGAUACGGUCGAGAAUUGGGAUACAGCGGAAUAGAAUUGUACACAGAAACUAAAACUGUAACAAUUAAAUUGCCCACAAAGGUUUGAAUGUGCUAAUGUACGAAAUGGUUUUUGAAACGCUCAAGUAAAAUCGUUUUCAAAUUU